AUGGACCACUACGCGACUCAAAUGAGCCAAAGUUCCAUCCCAGGCCCGUCCCAAGAUGAGCCUCAAGCACAACUCCAACAUGCCGAACUUGUUCCUUUCGACAUGUAUGCGGAUCCAUCUCAGUACGCUCCACCUGGGCCGGCUCCCACAGCGUACGGAAUGGAGACUGCAGUGUUCGAUGCUGAUAUGUUACCAUAUGGACUGCCCCCCCUCAUGCCGGAUAUGAUGGGGCAUGUAGACGUUCCUUCAUUCGAAGCGCAUUUCCCCCAGUCUCAGAUGGCCCCAGGGGCAUAUUACGACCCCUCCAUCCCUCUUUCAUUCGAACUCUAUUUCCCCCAGCCUCAGAUGGCCCCAGGGCCAUUGUACGACCCCUCCAUCCCUCUUCGAUUUGAAGCCUAUGAUCCCCAGCCUCAGAUGCUGCCUGAGCCAUCGCACCACCCCUCCGCCCCUCUUCCCAUGGGGGUCUAUUUGCCCCAGCCUUCAUACGGCCACCCCUCCCCACCCUCCACGAUACAAUCCCUUAACGACCUACUCCUCGAGCCUGAACCCGUACAAGAAGGACGAGUACUACGGAAGCGCAAGGCGGUAAAUAGUGUUGGCGCGGGACGCAAGACUCUUACGAAACGCAAGGCGGUAAAUACUGUUGGCGCAGGACGCAAGACUCUUACCAAACGCAAGGCGGUACACAGUGUUGGUGCGGGACGCAAGACUCGUACGAGACGCCCACCUCUUAACUAUGCUGCACCUCCCAAUUUCAAACGGGCCGUAAAGCGCGGCAAGGUCGAGUACAAAUGCCUUCUUCCGCAGUGCAAACAUACAGAUCCGAUGCAAAAAGGCAGCUUGCUGAAGCAUAUCGGAUCGAAGACGCACAGUGGGCGCACCGGUCAGCAUGUAUGCCAAUACUGUGGCAAGGAGUCUUGUUCCAAAGGACCUAGUGAUGAGGACUCGUCGGAAGAGUCGGAAGAUUGA